CAAGGGAUUGUGUGGAUGAGAGAGGUCAAAACAAACGAAGGAAAAAAAAACCCAAACCAUGGCUUCAGUCGAGAAUGAUGAUGGUACAGUGAAGUACGGAAUCGUAGGAGUGGGAAUGAUGGGGAGAGAACACCUCAUCAAUCUCUACCAUCUUCGCAGUCAAAACGUUGGCGUUGUUGCCAUAGCUGAUCCUCAUGUUCCCUCCCAACAACUAGCUGUUGAAUUAGCCCAAUCAUUUGGUUGGCAUCUCGAGGUAUUUUCAGGGCACCGAGAGUUACUGGACAGCGGACUUUGUGAUGUGGUGGUUGUGUCCAGUCCAAACAUGACUCAUUAUGGAAUCCUCAUGGACAUUAUUAGCCACCCAAAACCCCAUCAUGUUCUAGUGGAGAAGCCGUUGUGCACCACUGUUGCUGAUUGCAAGAAGGUAGUUGAUGCUGCUAGAAGGAGGACAGACAUGCUCGUGCAGGUUGGACUGGAGUAUAGAUACAUGCCACCGGUUGCUAAAUUGAUUGAAGUUGUAAGGGGUGGAGCCGUUGGGCAAGUGAAAAUGGUGGCAAUCAGGGAACAUCGGUUUCCUUUCCUGGUUAAGGUUGACAAUUGGAACCGGUUCAAUGCUAACACAGGGGGUACUCUGGUGGAGAAGUGCUGCCAUUUCUUUGAUUUAAUGAAGCUGUUCGCGGGUGCGAAUCCUGUUCGAGUUAUGGCUUCUGGAGCUAUAGAUGUUAAUCACAAGGAUGAAGUAUAUGAUGGGAAGGUACCAGAUAUCAUUGACAAUGCAUAUGUUAUUGUUGAGUUUGACAAUGGUUCCCGAGGGAUGCUUGACCUUUGCAUGUUUGCUGAAGGCAGUAAAAACGAGCAAGAAAUAUCUGUUGUUGGUGAUAUAGGAAAGGGGGAGGCCUUUGUCCCAGAGAGUUUAGUGCGUUUUGGUACUCGCGUGGCAGGAAGGGAUGGUGUACAAACAUUGAAAGCCGAGGAUCGCCGAAUUAAAUAUGAUGGACUGCAUCAUGGAUCCAGCUAUUUGGAACACCUUACCUUCUUGUCUGCAGUUCGAGCAAAAGGUGAAAAAGCUCCUGCAGUGGAUUUGCAAGAUGGGUUGAUUUCAGUUGCUAUUGGAGUUGCAGCACAGCUUUCCAUUGAGAAGGGCCAAUUUGUCACAAUUCAGGAAGUCAUGGAUGAACAUUAUGGCUAAGCCAAGAUUGUCAUUUUAACACGAUAUGGAAAAUACAAUGUAAAUUCGGUUUGUAAAAUCAUAAGUAAAUUUCUAACUAA